UGUUUCACUUGGAUGACUUUGUUCACCAUGUCAUAGUUACAAAUAGUUGGAGUUCAUGAAUUUUUCCUAUGAAGUAUUCCCACUGAUCGAUCAAAGCAAAGCCGUCAUCCCCAUGUGCAAGUACUUUCCUUUCCUUUUCCUUCCCCUGUGAUUACGUGAAACGCGUGUCGGCGCCCCAAAGUCUUGCCAUCACCUUCCAUUAUUAGUUCUCACUUUGCACUGUCUUCAUCAGAAACUCAUCUUUUGAUCUCACUUUCUCAGCACACACCAUGGAGUUUGACAUCGUUGUUAUCCAACAAAUUGCCUGGAGAUUCCUGGGCUUCGUAUCAAGUGUGGUUGGAUUCAUCUGUUAUGCCUUCAGCCCGUCCUUCCACAACCUGUUUGGACACUGGACUUUGUUCAAGAUCAUUCUGUACUCUUCUCUCAGCUCCAUAUUCCCCGUCUUGACGCUCUUCAUCAACAAGUUCCCGCAAUUCUCACGGGGUUUCUUGUUGAAAGCUCACGUUGGGUUUCUGGCUCUCAUGCUGACAUCUCUCUACUCUUUCUAUGAAGACCGGAGUAAUAAACAGGGGGAAGAAGACGAAAAGGGACGCAAGCAUGUACUAAGUAUUGUCUCGUUUGGAGCAUUUGCCUCCAUGUCGAUCAGGUUGUCUAAACAAAUUCAACCUGAACUUGACGUGGGCAUGUCUAAUUUUCUCCUAGGAUGUCUUAUCGUGGCUUUCAUGAAAAUGAAUAUUAAGAUCGCUCUCGGUGUGUCGGCUUUGUUCUAUAUUCUCAUCAGCACUGUUCGUUCCUACUGCGAUUCCCAGACAGGGUUGCCUGAUGAAGGUGAUGCAGAACGAGAAAUCGUGGUUGCUCGUAAUGGUCAAGAAGAAGCAGAGGUCAUGAUCGUUUCGGAGUCCACCAUCGACAUGCCGAGUUUGGUUCAUCAGGGCCAAAAGGAAUUGGAUACAAUUCAUGAGGUUUAUGAGCAAACCGAAGACAACGACGUUGAGGAAUUGGAAAUAUGGCCCAAAGCUUACGAGGGCCCCACUAAUUUCUCCUCCCCUUUGUGA